AACCCAACAUCGCAUCUGGCCUCUCCUCCUGCCUCUGCCUCGUACUCUGCACCCCGACAUUGCUUGCCUUGCUGCGCGCCCGCCGUCGCGCCGCUGCCACUGACCGGAGCUCUGCUGGCGCUGCCUAAGAGGCUCCCUGCCGUCAUGCAGCGCGUCUGAGCGCCCUGCCCCCUCGAACUCCGCCAGCUCAGUCGCAGUGCCAAGGUUACCGGCAGCGAACGCGCAGGUCCUGGAGCUCUCCCACACUGCGAUUACACCCGUCGCAUCUUUCGAGCAGUCGAAUCGUUAUCCUUUGGCUGCCCCUCGCUAUACACGCGGCGCUCAGCGCGCCAAAUUGCAACCUGAUCUCCCGCUGCUCCCUGCGCACCAGCCUAGCCAACAACGAUGUCAGCGGCUGCACCUUCGUCGCCCGCCGUGGUGCGCUCCCAGUCCUCUGCCCGCCGUCCUCAAGCAGCAAACAGCCCCUCGGACCGCCCGCACCGCUCGCAGUCGACGACCACACGCUCGAGUGGUCACUCCGUGCCGCAUUCGCACACUCGCGCCCCGCCCCAGCAGGCCAACCUCGCCAACGUCGGCCGUCGUGACUUUGAGCAGUCCAAUCUGGCGAACGGUCCAGCUCCCCGCCGCAGCGAGUCUAGGGACAGGACAGCCCCGACACCAACGCGCGCCGAGUCCACACGCAGAGGUCAUCAACGCUAUGCGUCGGACGCAUCAACAGCUUCUGCCAUGCCCAUCAACGGCGUAGCGACUGAUGCGUCGAGGUCUGGGACACAGACCUCCCAACCCAGGCGCCGGACAAGCAUCACUGCACCCAACACCGGACAAUGGAUUCUCGGGAAGACAAUUGGAGCAGGCAGCAUGGGCAAGGUCAAGCUCGCGAAGCAGGCCGAGUCUGGAGAAUCCGUCGCUGUGAAGAUCGUACCUAGGCAGUCGACAGAUCAGCACAGCAGUCAAGCCGACCGGGAGCGCGCCGACCAUUCGAAGGAAGUGAGGACAGCACGUGAGGCUGCUAUCGUCAGCCUACUGAACCACCCUUACAUCUGCGGCAUGCGCGAUGUCGUUCGGACAAACUACCAUUGGUACAUGUUGUUCGAAUACGUAAAUGGCGGACAGAUGCUGGACUACAUCAUUUCGCACGGCCGCCUCAAGGAGAAGCAGGCCCGCAAAUUCGCUCGCCAGAUCGCGAGUGCCCUGGACUACUGCCACCGAAACAGUAUCGUGCACAGGGAUCUGAAGAUUGAGAACAUACUGAUCAGCAAAACCGGUGAUAUUAAGAUCAUCGACUUCGGGCUGAGCAACCUCUUCUCGCCGAAAAGCUUGCUGAAGACUUUCUGCGGUAGUCUGUAUUUUGCGGCUCCAGAGCUGUUGCAGGCUAAGCAAUACACCGGCCCAGAGGUCGACAUUUGGAGCUUUGGAAUCGUCCUCUAUGUGUUGGUGUGUGGAAAAGUCCCCUUUGACGACCAGAGCAUGCCACAGCUACAUGCCAAGAUUAAGAAGGGCCAUGUCGAUUAUCCUCCUUGGCUUUCCACCGAAUGUCGAAACUUGAUCCAUCGGAUGCUGCAAACCGAUCCUGCUCAACGGAUUACCUUGUCAGAAAUCAUGACCCACCCCUGGUUGACGAAAGGAUUCAACACCCCGCCCGAGAACUAUCUGCCCCACCGCGAGCCUUUGCAACUCCCACUUGACGAUGACAUAAUCGAAAGGAUGACUGGUUUCGAUUUCGGCUCCGCUGAGUAUAUCAAGACACAGCUUACUCAAGUCUUGUCCUCUGACGAGUACAACCGCGCAGUGCGCCUUGCUGCCCGGAAGACGACAGCGCAGACGCCGGAGAUGGAGAAGAAGAGAGGAAUGUUCGACUUCUACAAGCGCCGAAACUCAAUCUCGAGCAGGGAGCAAUUGCCAAUGUCAUCCUCAGAAGACCUUCAGCGUGGUCUCGACCCCGUCAAUGCGUACAAUCCUCUCAUAUCUGUUUAUUAUCUUGUGCGAGAGAAGAGAGACCGCGAGCAGUUGGAAGCCAACCCGGGUGCAAUAGCUGUGCCCCAAAGUCCUGGAGAGAAGCCGUUGAAGAUCCCAGAUCUUCCCGCACCGGAAGCUGCCUACACAAACAGUUCAACGUACGAGAUGCAAGGCGAGAAGACUGGCGGCAGAUCUCGGCCCAGAGCACGAACACAUGGAGAAGACGAAGUCACGGACACUUUGCAAAAGCUCAAUCUGAACCAGCCAACAAAUGCCUCGCCGGCAGUCAUAUCUCCGCCCCCAGAGCAUCCUAGAAAGGAAAGCGCCGCUGUUGGGCUUCUGCGUCGCUUUAGUACUAGGAAGUAUCGAAACCCCGACCGUGACCGCACAGAGGCCCCACCGACACCGGCUGUCGCCGUAUCUGGGCCCGGAGAUUCUGCUGCUAGCGUACCCAAGAGAGGCUUCAGUGUUAGGCGCACUCGAGACAGAGACAACCAGUCGGCCUCGCAUUUGCAUCCGAGCGACGCGAACCAGCCGGAACUCCUUUCUCCGCCUCCCCCGAACACCUCUAGUAGCACCACUAAGAAGUUCAAGGCUCUUGGCCGCUCUACGAGUGUGAACGGCGCCGACCUUCGUAGGAGAUUGAGUCGUAGGGGACGAUCUUCUGAGGAUCCCGGCAACCCUCCACCUACCAGCGGGUCGGAUCGUUCAAGCAUCAACACACAGCAAAAGCCGACGAACGAUGCCGCUUCAGAAGAUUUGUCUGGAAGCCCACGGCGCACCGCAGCAUCUCGAACCAAGAGCCUUGGCCACGCUCGUCGAGAAAGUAUCCAAGCUCGACGGGCACGACGCGAGCAGGCUAGGGAAGCAAAUGUUCCCGAGGAGACUGAUGCAGAACUGGCCGAAGACAAACCGGAGACGAACCGCAACCCUGAGGUCAAACCUGUGUUCCUGAAGGGCUUGUUUAGCGUUUCAACGACCAGCAGCAAGCCUCUUUCGUUCAUUCAAGCUGACAUCAUCCGUGUCCUCGACCAGCUUGGUGUCACCUUCACAGAGAUCAAAGGCGGUUUCAAGUGUCGUCACGUUCCGAGCAUUGAACCCAAAAAAGGCGUUGAUUCGCCAUCCUCAGCCAACCCUCCUUCAAGUGCUGGGCAUCGUAGGAGGACCAGCUUCGCAGGAGGGAUGUUUAAUCGAGACCGUGACCGGGAAGAGUUUAGAGAACAGCAGAGGACACCACAAACCCCGAAGUCCGCGCGAGGUCGACCUUCAAUGGCAGAUCGCAGCUACACCAAUACUGACGAAUCCGAUGCUAGCGGCGAGGAUAAGGAAGAUCGCCAACCUCGAUCUGGACGCGCGUACCCCCCAGGCGAGACCUCGACGCAUGUACAAAAUGACUAUGGCGGGAGCAUGAUUCUUGUCUUUGAGAUUCUUAUCGUCAAGGUCCCUCUUUUGCAGUUGCAUGGCAUUCAGUUCAAGAAGGUUGAUGGAGGGACUUGGCAGUACAAGACGAUGGCGCAGACAAUACUUUCCGAGCUGCGACUGUAAGCUACGUAGCAGGGGAACAGGGAACGAGCGAGGCGUUUCAGGGACCUGUCAUUAUAUUGAUGGAUGAAGCGGUAAUUUUUAGCGACAGCACUCUUCUUCGGUUCUGUUUGGCUUGUAGUCAGUCUGGGCAGUGAGAGGUGUGCAGGACACAAACAUGACAAACGAUUCUCAUUUGUACUAUUCCUUCAGACGGGCCUGGCUUUGGGGGACCAUUCAGUCGGAGAAACAAGACUUGUGUUGUAAUGUGGGGAUCUUUGAGUACGGGUAACGUGGUGCCUGUUACUUGUAAUUGAUUAUUUUGGAAGGCAAUCAUGGAAAAGAAAGCAGAUCCCUACAGUGGUACCGUGUCAAGCGUUCGAUAUCU